UCCACAUUUCCGGUUUUCCUGAUGUUGGUCCAACAAUUCGUCUGACAAUCAGCAGUUUAUAGUAGGAAUGUGAGCUGUAUUAAUUUCAUACAUUUGACUGACUUUUUGAAACAAUAGUUUUACCAAAAUCACGAACGCAAAUGUGUCUAUUUUAUUCCGAAUAUUCGUGUCAGACUCACCAAGACAUGCAAGAGCCCAUGAGGUGAAGUUUUGAUGAUAAACUUUCAAAAACAGGUUUGAAGAUGCUGUUUUGGAAAGUUACAGAUUUAAUAGAUUGAGUUCAUGACUGCAGAUGUCCCGAUUAGUGUGAAUAAGUGGGUAUUCAGACGCGUGUUGUCUUGAUAUUGAAAUUGUGUAUAUUUUACAGUUAUAAGUGAACAUGCAUGUAACUUAAACGUAAACAUCUUUGAAAAAAACACACUCCCCUCUUUAAACACUCCAAAGAUUCUUGGAGAAGUCCGGUCUGCAGAUGGCUAGUUCAGCUCCAAGCAGUGCCUAUUCCAGAUCGGGAACAGGAAGGGGCAGUGCCACAGGGAGCAGAAAAACAACUCCCUCAAGUGCUGGGAAAGCUGGCAAAAAGGGCUCCCUGACCUGUUCCUCUGAUAGUUCCAUAGGGAAACUAACUGCUGCUCACCCAAGACCGUCAGCUAAAUUAAACCCAAAAACAGUUGACCCAUUCAAAAGUCCAGCCAAGAAUCAGUCUGCUUUUGCUGCAGUGUACACCAAUGGAGGGGUACCUUGUCGGUUAUUUCAUGGAUCAGUCAAACACAAGUUGGCCUGGGACACCUCACCAGAGCAGGUGCCUUUUGACCCCAUCCUGGUUACUUUAGCAGAGGGUUUGAAGGAGAGUGUGCAUCCAUAUAUGUUUGUGGCUAGGACUGGAUUUAAAGAGCUACUAGAAGUAGAAGGUGCUACAGGAAAAGUGUCGCCAAUCUUGCCAAAAGUCUGUAUAGCUGUUCGUGCAGCCUUGAGCCAUGCUGAGGGAUCUGUAUUUGAGUCUGCCCUGGAUGCACUGCUACAGCUAAGUGAGGUUGCCGGUCCAUUACUGAAUCAACAUCUCAAACUGCUAAUAGUGCCUAUUGCUAAAAGAAUGAUGGAAAAGAAACACAGAGACAGGAUAACAGAAGCUUUACAGACUCUGGAACAAAACGGAGGAAAGGAAGCACUGCCAUCAAUAAAAUCUAAAGUUCCGACCUAUUCCUCCAUCUUUGGCUGAUGUGUGUAGUGAGGACAACAAUUGUGUUUUCACUUGUGGAGAACCCAUUUGCUGAACGAAUCAACACCUAUGUAUUCACUUCAGAGCUGACCCACAACGGACACCACAGACUGCUGAGGAUAGCAUGGAGGAUAUUUUUUUAUAAAAAGUUUCAGUAAUUGAACUUAUUAAUUAACAAUUUGUGUUCCCUAUGUUUUAAAACAAAAUAUGUAUGUAGAAAUCAGUUGUUGAUUGAUUUUUCUAUGCAAUAGACUUAUUACAGUUAAUAAGGAUGAAACGGAUAGGAUCUGAUUAUUAAAAACAGUAGUUACUGUUUUAUGAGAAGUUCUUUUUACACAACCAAUAAAAUCUUCUGUGUGAUGUUUCGAUGACUUGUUCGAUAUGUGCACU